AUGUUUGGUUCGCCUUGUUCGAUUCAAUCCUCCUAGCAUUCAGUCAGUUAUAGAUAAGCUUUCAUUCAAGGACAUGGCACCUGCCCUUGUCAAGGGCAGUGCACGUGAGCAGCAAAUCAGCUUAAACCUUCUAAGCAUGACCAUGCUUGGAAGCCACAUUCUCACAAAUAUUGGGCGUUACCUUUUGCAGUUGGUAGAGGACAAGAAUCUGGUCCCUGGUCUUGUGCCUCUCAUUGAGCAAGGAAGUGAAGUUUUGAGGGGCAAAGCACUUGUUUUCGUGGCCCUUCUUUGUAAGAAUGGGAAAAGGUGGUUACCACACUUCUUUUGCAAUGCACGGUUGCUGUCCAUUUUGGACAGAUUGGCAAAAGAGAAGGAUAGCUAUCUGCAGCAGUGUUUAGAUUCAUUUGUGCAUGUUGUGGCAUCCACGGUGCCAGGCUUGCUGGAUAAUAUAACUGGAGAUAUUCAGCAAAUGGUAGGAGGAACGCGCCAUGGACAUUUCUCUGCCCUUACUAGUCGAGUUGCUCCAAAGACCAACAUUCAUUUGUUCCCGGUUGUUCUCCAUCUGCUUGGAAGCUCAUCUUUUAAAAACAAAGUGGUGACUCACCAGGUCUUGCAGCAGUUGGCAAACCUCAUCCAAGUUGUGGAGACACCAUUUCAGUCUGUAGCUGAAGAGGCAUCACUGAUUCUUCCAAGCCUUGAUGUUUUUAUAAGUGGAAUUCUUCGUAGUCUGACUGUUUUAUACAGGGGAAAUAAAGAUGGUGAUGCUAGAUGUUUGUGCCUUAAAAUUUUGUUUGAUGUGAUGGUCAUCUUCUUGAAUGAACCUUUUGUACAUGAGCAAAAGUCAGAGGAUCUGAAAUUGAUAUCCAAUUCUCAUUUCCUUCCUCUGUACCCCACUUUGAUUGAUGAUGAAGAUCCCAUUCCUAUGUAUGCACAAAAGCUUCUUGUGAUGCUCAUUGAGUUUGGUUACAUUAAAAUCCCAGACAUUCUAGAUCUGAAGAUGGUAUCAAGAUGUUUUGAAUUUUUGCUUGGAGAUCUGUCAAGUGCAAAUGUAAACAAUGUCAAGCUGUGUCUUGCUCUGGCAUCUGCCCCCGAAAUGGAUUCCAAGUUACUCUCUCAGUUGAAAGUAGUUAGGAAAAUUGGAAAUCUUUUGGAGUUUGUAUAUGCAAAAGAUAUGGAAGAUUUUCUCGAACCAACUCUUAGCUUGUGGAGGGCCUUUCUUCUACAAUCUGUACCAAGUAGAAAAGGUAUUGUUUAUACAAAGGAGCCAGUGCUCUUAGAUGGCUAUUCUGAGGCAAGCAGUGCGGUUGAUCAGCAGCAAUGCAUAAGAGAUAUAAUAGACUUUGGCAGCAAUGUGGGUGUUUUGCUGGAGUUAAGUGGAUCCUCUGAAGCAAAUGUUGCUGACAUAGCAUCUGAAUGUGUAGUGUUGUUGUUCAAGGCAGCUCCAAGGGAAGCAACAACUGGAUUUUUGACUAAUCUUCCAAAGGUUGGUGCAAUUAUUGAGUCCUGGCACAAGGGCAUUUCUCAUUUGCUGUUGCAGCGGAUGCUGCAUGCACUUGGUUAUUCCUGUAGGCAAUAUCUUUCACACGCCAUGAUAUUAUCAAUAUCUGCAUUGGAGAUUACACGAAUUGAAGCCAUUGUCUCUGAGUUGAAAGGCUCAAGCAUACCUUCAUUAGCUGAUGUUGCUUCCCUUGUGGGAUUGGAGUUGCAGCGGCUUCGUCGUUGCAUUUAAAUUUAUUAAGGUUGUAAAUCUACUCUCUCUCUCUGUUCGUUGUGUUUUUUCGCUGUAGAACUGCAGUUUAUGAGUUAUUCUGAGUUAGUAGGGUUCUUGUAUUACAGGCACCAUGGUCAGAUCAACUUUUCAAACGGGCAUGAGCCAUGAAAGAUGUUUCUUGAUUUCUGCUAAUGCUCACUGACUCAUUUUUAAGAGGUGAGUCAAUUGUUUUAUGCACAUCUCAAUCAUACAAUCUUGCACUUGACCUGUAUUGUAUAAUAAUCUACAAAUAUUCGU